ACAACUGUAUUUAUAGAGAGAGUAUCGCUCAAGUACAGAGAGCUAAGAAAAGUAGGGAGGAAGAAGAAGUGAAUGGAAGGUUGAUUCGCCGUUGGUUUUAGUAUUCGCCUCCUCGUCUUCUGCUGAAAAAAAAGGCAGGAAAACUCAAAACUUGGUUGCGCUUCUAACUUGGCAACACUUGAUCUUCUCCCGCCAACUUUAUCUCCUGCUUCGCGCCUUCUUCAAGAUCAUGGAUCGCGGUCGCGGUCGCGGUUGCGGUCGUGGUCGCGGUGGACGAAACCCCCAAACAAAUCUCUCUCCGUCUGCUGCCUCCGCCGGCGGCGGCCAUACUCCUCUUCCUUAUCGUAACACUGGACCAAGAGGGUCUUCAAGUGGAAGUAAAGAUAAACUUGUCUAUGUUGCUAAAAAUCAGGCAAGACCAAGUUCUUUUGAGCCAAAGACCGGUACUUCGGAACAAGUUAAGUCUUUGAUUCAUCCUGAUAUGCCCCCCCAGGAGAAUAGUCCUCCAUUGUUUUCUCCUCCUAGCUGCUCUGCCUUAAGUCAUAAAGGAACUCAGAUUGCACAAUCUACAACGAAUGUGACAGAUGAUAGUGUGAAAUCAAACGAGUUAAAUAUCUCUUGCCAGGACCUUGACAUUAGUCCGCCUUCUAUAAAUGGUGACAAGGUUCGGCCUUCACCUUCGAAGGGCCCUAAACUUCUAGCAAGUGAUAGGAAGCCUGUGAAUUCAAGUGGAAGUAAAGUUAAACUUGUCUAUGUUUCUAAAAAUCAGGCAAGACCAAGUUCUUUUGAGCCAAAGACCGGUACUUUGGAAAAAGUUGAGUCUUUGAUUCAUCCUGAUAUGCCCCCCCAGAAGAAUAGUCCUCCAUUGUUUUCUCCUCCUAGCUGCUCAGCCUUAAGUCAUAAAGGAACUCAGAUUGCACAUUCUACAACGAAUGUGACAGAUGAUAGUGUGAAAUCAAACGACUUAAAUAUCUCUUGCCAGGACCUUGACAUUAGUCCGCAUUCUAUAAAUGGUGACAAGGUUUGCCCUUCACCUUCGAAGGGUCCAAAACCUCUAUCAAGUGAUAGGAAGCCUGUGAAUUCAGAACCCUCAUCUGUCUCUGGUGCUUUUGAUAUAUGCCCACCUAAAGCCACUCCUCUUAAUUUACAACCUUCUCUAUUUGCGAGGAAUCGAGAGAGACGGGAUGAAAAGAAACGCAGCUUGGAAAGUGAAGGUGAAGUGUUAAGGUCUGGAAUGGUUUUGCUCAAGAAUUACAUUUCGCUUGAUGAACAGGUGAAAAUAGUGAAGCAAUGCCAUCGCUUGGGAUUGGGCCCUGGAGGUUUCUACCAACCUGGUUACCGUGAUGGAGCAAAACUGCAUUUAAAUAUGAUGUGUCUUGGUAAAAAUUGGGACCCAGAGUCUAGCCAAUAUGGUGAUACCCGGCCAACAGAUGGUGCGAAACCACCUUUAAUUCCUAAGGAGUUUUAUCAGUUGGUUGAGAAAGCAAUCAAGGAUUCUCAAGCCCAUGUAUGCAAAGAAGAAAAAGCUGCAAAUACUGAAGACUUUCUUCCCGGGAUGAAACCAGACAUUUGUCUGGUAAACUUUUAUUCAACAAAUGGGCGACUUGGUCUUCAUCAGGACCGUGAUGAAUCUUCUCAAAGUAUCAAGAAGGGAUUGCCUGUUGUCUCCUUUUCCAUUGGAGAUUCGGCAGAAUUCUUGUACAGUGAUGAAAGGGAUGUUGACGGGGCAAAAAAAGUCACUCUGAAAUCAGGAGAUGUUUUGGUAUUUGGUGGAAAAUCUAGACAAGUUUUUCAUGGCGUGGCUAGUAUUGCAAAAGACACUGCUCCAAAGACUCUAUUGAAGGAAACUAAUCUCAGGCAGGGCCGGCUUAAUCUUACUUUCAGACAGUAUUGAAAAUCCAGGUCUGGAUUGUUUUCAUGCUCUAUAGCUAGUUGUCAUUGAAAUCAUGUUAGCUGAUGGGAAGAGUUUGGUGGAACAAUUUUGUACACUUUGUGCAGUUUAAUAGUUUUAGUUCAAUGAAAGUGUCUUUUGAGAUAAGAUGAAGUUGUUAAGAUGGGACUUGUUUUGUAAUCUAUACAUUGUCCAAGGAAAUUACUUUUUGUUUUCCACA